AUGACUCCGAUCGACAUGACGAUUGAGAGCAAAGCUUGUCAUGCAUGCGCCCGAGCCAAGCGGAAAUGCGAGAGACAGAUCCCAACGUGCAGUCGGUGUCAAUCCAGAGGCACCCACUGUGAAUAUCCCUCUGCCGCUUAUCAGCCCUUCGACCGGACUCAAAUCCGCGACCAACAGGUCGCCGUCUCGGAUGAACCAUUGUCCCAUCUUCUUUUUGGUCUCUCCGAUGACGUGAUGUCUGUUGACGACUAUCUCCCCCACGACUUGGGCACGAUCAUCGGGAAUCCCAACAGUAUCGAGCCGAAUCCCAAACCCCAGUCUCAUCCACUGCCUUGGUAUCUGGAAGAAGACUCAUGGGAUAUUGAUCACCUGUCAUCACAUAGCAAUGCACCUUUCUGCAGCGUCGUCCUAAGCAGCUAUAUUGAAAACGUCAAUGACUGGCUGGCCCGCUGGGUCGACACAGGAGCCUGUCCUUUCAUUCACCAACGAACUUACACACACCAUAUUCCACGAUGUGUUCAAGACGCAUACACUGCAUUGUCAACUUACCAAAAUAUGAAAAAGUCAAAUAAGGCGAUCAUAACGACGCUUCUAGAGCAGAGAAUCAGACAGCUGCUAGCUGAUCAGCCGAGCCCGCCCCCAGGGGCUAGCAGUGAUGAAGUUGUAGGAGCGGCACUAAGCACCUUCGAGCACCUCGCUCGUGUUCACGCUCUUCUCACAUACCAAAUCAUUUGCUUGUAUGACGGGGAUAUCCGACUACGGCACAUUGCUGAGACACAGAUACCGACUUUGAAUUCAUGGUUGCGGCAACUUAUAUGGUCUGCCCAGAGUAGUGCUGCCCAUGGGCCAGAAACGUUCAUCUCAUCUCUCGUCACGCCUCCCGACCAGCAAAAUCCUCUCAUGAAGGCGAACACAGCUGAACAGAACGGUGGCAACGAUGGCGUGGAACACGUGACCCUCGCGGGGCCUCUCCUGUCCCAGGAAGACACAGCUUGGUACGCGUGGCUAUUCGCCGAAACUAUCCGCCGGACAUGGCUGGUCGCAUCCUGCGUGCAGACCAUCUAUCUCACUUUGCAAGUCCGCUGGGCACCAUGCCCCGGUGGUCUACCCUUUACCACGCGCAAAGAUGUAUUUGAGGCAAGGUCCUCAUUCGCUUGGAGUGCCCACUGCGAAGGGCACAAACAAGGCACUGACUUUGUUCGGAGGCAUGGACAUCGGCUGUUUGAGGAGAGGAGGCCAGAAGAUAUAGAUGAGUUCACGGUGCGCUUGUUGGAGAUUAGCUAUGGCCUAGAGAGGAUGGAGCGGUGGAAAUUUGGGAAGUGA